AUGGAGCAUGAUGCAUACCAUCACGGCUACUAUGGCCAUCCAGUUCCGUCCGCGGCAACUACAGUCAACCCGACGCCAGUUCGCCCAGGCACUCCAAAUACAGAUGCUAGUCGAAAUGUGUUGGACACCGACACGGCAUCUUCGUACCGCCCCGGCAGAAGCACGAAUCCGUUUUCAAGCCCCAGCGUCUCACGGCCAGCGUCCAGCUAUGGCUCGUCGAGUGCUCUCGGGCCGCGCUACGACGUGAAUGCGCAACGAUACUUCCACUCUCGGCGGGUGGCCAAGGGCGAGGUCGAGAAGCCUUGGCUGGAGAAGAAGGACCCCAAAGAGAAAUGGGUCACGAUCCUGCCCAUUGUCGGCAUCUUUGUAGGUCUCGCCCUCUCGGGCUUUUUGGUCUGGGACGGCAUCCGCAACGUUGUCCACCACAAAUACUGUCCGGUCUUGGACGACAGCUUCGAAGGCGGUUUCAACCCAAACAUCUGGACCAAAGAAGUCCAGGUCGGCGGCUUUGGGAAUGGGGAAUUCGAGGAGACCACUGGAGGCGACGAGAACGUGUUUGUCCAAGACGGCCGCUUGGUCAUCAGGGCCACGCUCCAAGAUGCCGAUAGAGUGGAGAAGAACACGGUGAUUAACCUUCUCAAGGAUGGGACCUGCACCUCCAAAGACUGGUAUAGCUGUGUCGCCGCGACAAACACCACUGCUGGCAACUCGAGCAUCGUCCCUCCGACAAGGUCGGGGCGCAUCCACACCAUGAAGGGGGCCAGACUCAAAUAUGGCCGUGUGGAGGUGACGGCCAAGCUGCCGCAAGGCGACUGGUUAUGGCCGGCCAUAUGGAUGCUGCCCGUCAAGGACACUUACGGCCCGUGGCCGGCAUCGGGCGAAAUCGACAUUAUGGAGUCACGAGGCAACAACUGGACAUAUGCGCAAGGCGGCAGCAACAUCAUGUCAUCAGCCCUUCACUGGGGGCCGGACCCCGCCAACGAUGCGUGGUGGAAAACGAACCACAAGCGCCAGGCCUUGCACACGACGUACAGCAGCGGCUUCAACACGUUUGGCUUGGAAUGGUCGCAAAAGUACAUCUUCACGUUUGUCAACAGCCGUCUGCUGCAGGUUCUGUACACCAACUUCGACCAGCCCAUGUGGCAGCGGGGCGGCUUCCCCGAGUCCAACGCCAACGGGACUCGCCUGACGGAUGUCUGGAGCCAAACGGGCCGGCAAAACACGCCGUUUGACCAGGAAUUCUACCUCAUCCUCAACCUGGCCGUCGGCGGCACGAACGGCUGGUUCGAGGACGGCCAGUCGGGUAAACCAUGGCUGGACCGGUCACCCAACGCCCGCAAGGACUUUUGGAAAGCCAGAGACCAGUGGUAUCCUACCUGGACGCAGCCGCAGCUGGAGGUGAAGAGGGUAGUGAUGCUGCAGCAGUGCGACGGAAAUGAAAACCAAUGA